GCGCAUGCGCGUGGGAGGCCAUGUUGUUGUAGUUGGGUGGGACUGGACCGUCAUAUCCCUCCGUUACUGUAUGUCUCAGCGAUCAUCACCCCCCUCCCGUUUUUGACACCGGGAACACGUACAUAAACCGGAGGGAGCAAACGGUGACUUGCACAAUGAAUUUAAGCUUGGAUCUGUCGCGCAGAAACCCACAGGAAGACUUUGAGCUGAUCCAGAGGAUCGGGAGCGGAACCUAUGGAGAUGUGUACAAGGCUCGUAAUGUCAGCACUGGAGAACUGGCUGCUAUCAAAGUCAUCAAACUAGAACCAGGAGAGGACUUUGACGUGGUGCAGCAGGAGAUUAUAAUGAUGAAAGAUUGUAAACACUCAAACAUUGUUGCAUAUUUUGGCAGUUACCUCAGGAGAGAUAAAUUAUGGAUCAGCAUGGAAUACUGUGGUGGGGGCUCUCUCCAGGAUAUAUACCAUGUUACCGGGCCGUUGUCAGAAUCCCAGAUUGCGUAUGUAUGUCGGGAGACCCUACAGGGUGUUUACUAUCUCCAUAACAAAGGCAAGAUCCACAGAGAUAUAAAGGGUGCAAAUAUUCUGUUGACGGACAAUGGCUACGUUAAGCUAGCUGAUUUUGGAGUUUCGGCUCAGAUAUCAGCCACUUUAGCAAAAAGAAAGUCCUUCAUCGGAACUCCAUAUUGGAUGGCACCUGAGGUGGCCGCAGUCGAGAGGAAAGGGGGCUACAAUCAGCUGUGUGAUAUUUGGGCCGUGGGCAUCACAGCUAUUGAGCUGGCAGAGUUGGAGCCGCCGAUGUUCGACUUGCACCCCAUGAGAGCACUCUUCCUAAUGACCAAGAGCAGUUUCCAACCACCUAAGCUGAAAGACAAAGUUAAGUGGACAAAUAAUUUCCAUCACUUUGUGAAAAUCGCUUUGAUCAAAAAUCCCAAGAAGAGACCAACGGCUGACAGACUACUGCAGCACCCGUUUGUUACCCAGCCACUUAGCCGGACUCUUGCCAUUGAGCUACUGGACAAAGCCAACAACCCUGACCACAGCACACACAGUGAUGCAGAAGAGGAUGACAUUGACCCAGAGUCUCCCGUGUCUGUUCCACAUCGAAUCCGCUCAACUAGCAGGAGCUCACGAGACGGAAAGACCCUGUCUGAGAUUAACUUUGAUAAGGUGAAGUUCGAUCCACCUCUGAGGAAGGAGACCGAACCGCAUCAUGAGAUGGAUCUACCGUUAGAGCCCCAAAGCAUUCUGGGAAAUAACAAGAGUCUAUUAAAAUCUGUUGCUGAGGAGCUCAAUCAAAGGGGUCAUGUGACACAUUUAGAGGAUGAGGAGGAGGAUGAAGGUGAUGAUUUGCACUGUAACUCCACUUCAACCAUGAGACCUAAAGUACCACCUCCUCUGCCACCCAAGCCGAAGCUUCUGUCUCCCGCACAGAACAGUACCGUCUCAGAGGACAAUACCGGAGAAGGGACCAUUAAACGUUGUCCAGCUUCUGGGAGCUCCACCCCUCCUGUUCGGCCUGCUUCCUGUGUGCCCCCCAGACCGCCACCUCCUCGCCUGCCCCCACACAGGCGUAGUAGUCUAGGUAAUGGAGUUUCUGUUCAGGAGAAUGGAGAGAAAGAAAAACUGGCCUCCCUUCCCUCAUCUAGUCUAAAGCUACCGUUCAGUAAUGGCCUCCCACCAACCCCUCAAGUACAUAUGGGAGCUUGUUUCUCUAAAGUGUUUAAUGGCUGUCCCCUGAAGAUUCACUGUGCCUGUUCAUGGAUAAACCCAAACACCAGGGACCAGUAUCUGAUUUUUGGUGCAGAGGAAGGAAUUUAUACCCUCAAUCUGAAUGAAAUUCAUGAGAGCUCCAUGGAACAGCUGGUUCCACGGAGGUGUACAUGGGUGUAUGUAAUGAACAACUGGCUGCUUUCUAUAUCAGGUAAAGCGUCGCAGCUGUACUCUUACAACCUGGCAGGGCUCUUUGAGCAAGCUCGACAGAUGCAGAAGUUACCUGUUGCCAUACCAACACAUAAACUCCCUGACAAAAUCAUCCCACGAAAGUUUACCGUGUCCAAUAAAAUCCCAGAUACAAGGGGUUGCCAGAAAUGCUGUGUAGUGCGAAACCCAUACACAGGCCAUAAGUACUUAUGUGGAGCUUUCCAGUCCAGUGUAAUGCUGUUGGAAUGGGUGGAAGCCAUGCAGCGCUUCAUGCUCAUAAAGAGCAUAGACCUCACCCUGCCGUGUCCAUUAGAAGUCUUUGAGAUGUUGGUGGUUCCUGAGCAGCAUUAUCCACUGGUUUGUGUGGCAGUCAGUAAAGGAAGCCACCCUGAUCAGGUGGUCACAUUUGGCACUGUUGAUCCUAAUGCUGCCACCCCCGCGUUCACAGAGCCCGAAACACCUCAGACAUGUGUCAUUCAUGUGACUCAGCUGGAGAGAGACACUGUCCUUGUGUGUUUAGAUCGGUGUAUAAAGUUGGUGAAUUUACAGGGCAGGUUAAAAUCCAACAGGAAGUUGUCAACUGAACUUACCUUUAACUUCCAGAUUGAGGCAAUAGUGUGUCUGCAGGACAGUGUUUUGGCGUUCUGGAAGCAUGGAAUGCAGGGGCGAAGCUUUAAAAACAGUGAGAUUACUCAGGAGAUCGCUGAUAACUCACGAACCUACAGGCUGCUGGGUGCAGACAGAGUGGUGGUGUUGGAAAGCAAACCGACGGAAGACCCCACGGCUCAAAGUAAUCUGUACAUCCUCGCAGGCCACGAGAACAGCUUCUGAAAACACACUGCCUUAACACACACUACGUAAUGCACGCAACAAAAGUCAUAUUCCUGAGACUUAUACACCUCAUUUUCAUUUUUAAACUACGGAACACAACACUACUGAAAAACUUACACAAAGAUAGCUGAAAUAAAACACUACAUAUUUUUGGUUCAGUGUGAUACCAGCCCCUGGAACCUCGUAUUGAUACAAAAUCGAUACUUAAUACAAAGGUGCGUUCACGCCAUGUCGUAAUUACCGUAAUUAUGUACUCGUAGAACUUGUAAUUAGUUGAUAGUGUUGCCAUAGAAACACAUAAUUCCCAGUCCGAGGAUGUGAACAGCUUCGAUUUGAAAUUACGGUAAAAGGCUUAUGUCAAAUGUUAUG